AUUUGUUUCUUUCUUUCUAGACAAGGACUGGCUGUGUAGCCCAGGCUGACCUGGAACUCUCCAUCUUUUUGCCUCAGCCUCCUGAGAUCUGGGAUUAUAGGCACUGAUCACCAUGCGCUGUUGGAGGCUUAUACUGAGAUGUCGGGAAGGAGAUGAGCCAAAGAUGGAGACCAGGCAUUUGCUACUUGCUGGUGGCAUGUGGAGCUCCCUGCUACCAUCCUGGUCCUGAGAUUGAGUGACUCGCCUGUCGUCUACCAUUGCCUCCCAGCAUGGACAGGAGCAGCCUCCUGCCCUUCCAGCUCUGGUGCCCCAGACCCUUUGGCACAUAUUCCCAGAACCAGCAGCGCCCGCCUUCCACAGCCCUCAAGCCGCCAGCCUGUUCUGACACAAGCGGUGGGACUGAGCCUGACCACGGACCUGCACAAUCAGAGAACACACCACCUGCCUUGUCUUCAGACACCCCCGCCUCCCAGCAUGCUCCACUCCCCUCCUCAGCAGCCGCUGGCGACGAGGGUCGCGUCCUGCUGGACACGUGGUAUGUCAUCAAGCCUGGAAAUACAAAGGAGAAGGUGGCCUUCUUUGUGGCCCACCAGUGUGGUGGAGGUAGCCGGGCCAGCUCUAUGAAGGUCAAAGGGCACUGGGGCAGUGAUAGCUCCAAAGCCAAGAGGAGGAGGCGCUGCCUUGAGCCCACCAAGGCUGCCCCAGACCCAGGGGGCAGAGGAGGAGCCCCUGCCACUGAGGGGGCCCCCACGACAUCCGGGGAUGAUGUAGACCUGCUCUCUGUAGCAGAAAUGGUGGCCCUGGUGGAACAGAGAGCCGCCCUGGCCCUGCAGAGUUACCCACGCUCCACCACCCAAGCUCCAGUGGUCUUUGUGUCGGCUGAGCAGGGAGCACCAGUGUUGGUUUUCCACUCUUCAGAGCCAAGGCCAUGGACCCUCAGAGAGGGUUGUGGUUUUUUUGUUGUUUUUAUCAGCAUCUCACUUGCGCCUCCAUCAAGCCCCAACCCCAUCCCUGAGUCUCUCUGCCCCAGGGACACAGCAGCAGGGAGCAGACGGCAGCUAACCUUGGUACCACCUGAGGCUCUCCUCAAGCUGGCCCUCCCCAUCCUGUGCCUCUCCCAGUUCUUGUCUCUGGAGCUGUGGCCACCAAAGGCUUGUGGUCUCUGAGCUUGACACCUGAAGAAAUUAGCUCCAAACUCAAGUCGGCACUUUUUGGAGGCAGCCCACCGUUUCUACAUGUUUUCCUCAUUAUUAAAAAUAAAAUGAUUUCUUCUGAACUACCAGCCUCUCCCCCUCCCCCAGGGAAAGUGGGUGAGAUCCCUCGAGUGUGGAGACCCCUCAUCAAGCUCUUGUCACUGAAUCCCCAGUAAAGCCGUUUUUCCUCUCUUGCGGGUUUUUGUUUUGUGUUCUCCUUCAUUGUGGUUCUGGAAGCUUCUAGCGUGUGGCAUCUGACCGAUUUUGAAUUGGUCCUUUCUAUAAAAUCAAUAUUUCUAAAGCAGG